UGUUCCACGUGAGUUUAGACGUUACUCGUUUACGUCAAACGCUUGGAACGUGGAGAGUAGUUUUAUUUUCCUGGGAGCAGACAUCUACUUUGAGUUGUUUCCUGUGUCACUCGGAACUGCAGAGAUGAUUGAAGUGGUGUGCAAUGACCGAUUGGGAAAGAAGGUCCGCGUGAAGUGCAAUUCUGAAGACACUAUUGGAGAUCUCAAAAAGCUGAUCGCAGCUCAGACUGGCACUAGGUGGGACAAAAUCGUCCUCAAGAAAUGGUACACCAUAUUCAAGGACCACGUGUCACUGGGAGACUAUGAGAUCCAUGAUGGCAUGAACCUGGAGCUAUAUUACCAGUAGGGGGCAGAGCUGAGGCAGAUCUCUCUCUCUCUCUCUCGCGCGCACACACAGUGCAGACUGUACAUCCUAGAUGCACAUUGUAGUACACAUACUACCACUUAAGUCUCUCUGACUUCUCAUGCCAUAUCUAUUGUGUAUGCAUGAGCAUACACCCACAUUUACCCAUAUACACAUUAGGAAGAACAUUUUAGUAUUGUUUGUUAGAUCAUGCUUCUAGGCAAGUGAUAUUUGUUCAUUUGAAUUGUUUUGAUAUUUGGAAAUAAAAAUAUUUAUGUAAAUUAAGUCCUUGGAUUUGGUAAAGUAGUUCCUUAAAGUAAAACAUUAAAAGAGCUAAAAACAAUGUCAA